GCUGUUACUCCCCGCCAAACGGAUUGCUCCCCUUGGGCGAUGUCCACAGUAUCAUUUCUUCUAAGUCAUAAUAUUAAUAUGACUGGUGCUGCCCCUGCUUACAGAGUAGGAGUUCUACCGAAUAACUGAUCCCAAUAUAUCCUCGACCUCAUGAACACAAACACCCAACGGACCGCGGAAGAGCACGGCGAGCUCCAGCGAAAGCUAUGGGAAGUUUUUCAGUCUCCCAAGUCCACUGUAUUGCCGGAUGCUCAAAGCUUAGCCAAAGCCCGGGCAUCUCUACCAACUUCUCUUCAGGCGAGCGGCGUCGGGUUUGAGUCUGCUAGGCGACAUAUCUUAGAGGAUCUUGUCCCAGCUUUCAACAACAGCAGCAUAAGCUCCAAUUACUAUGGCUUUGUUACUGGCGGGGUCACUCCCGCCGCCCUCUUUGCAGAUAAUAUCGUUUCUGCGUACGAUCAGAACGUUCAGGUACACCUCCCUGACCAUUCUGUUGCGACAGACGUUGAAUAUGUGACUCUGGGUCUUCUCGUAGAUCUUCUACAACUGGGUCGCGAUUGGCAAAAUGGCACCUUUACGACUGGGGCGACAGCGAGCAAUAUCCUGGGGUUGGCCUGCGGAAGAGAAUAUAUCCUGCGAACUGCCCUCAAAGAGAAAGGGACAGCGGCUAUUGAGAGUGUAGGAGAGUCGGGACUAUUUGAAACCAUGCAAGCGGCAGGUCUUUCAGGCAUACAGAUACUCUCGACGAUGCCACAUUCAUCCCUUGUCAAGGCAGCUGGGGUCCUGGGGAUUGGCCGUGCCAAUGUUAAAGAUGUCAGCCAAGAUAACGACCCACUGAGAUUCAAUUUGGAGCUGCUUGAAACUGAACUACAGAGGCCUGGUAAAGCAACUAUUGUCGCCGUGUCGUGCGGAGAGGUCAACACGGGCCAAUUCGCGACGGGCGGGGCCGAGGAAAUGCAGGCGUUGCGCAGCAUGUGCGAUAAGUAUGGAGCCUGGCUGCAUGUGGACGGCGCAUUUGGAAUAUUUGGUCGCAUUCUUCCGCAGAUUCCCGAAUUCGGUGUGACUGUCAAGGGCUGUGAAGGAAUUGAAUUGGCGGAUUCGCUGACGGCAGACGGACAUAAGCUUCUGAAUGUCCCAUACGACUGUGGCUUCUUUCUCUGCCGCCAUAAAGAUGAAGCAGUGAAGGUGUUUCAGAAUGCCAAUGCGGCAUAUCUUACGGGCGGGAGUCAAGCACAGUCAAUACCAUCCCCAUUGAAUAUUGGGAUAGAAAACUCCAGGAGAUUUCGAGCUCUACCCGCCUACGCAUCCCUGGUUGCCUAUGGAAGAACAGGGUAUCAAAUGAUGCUCCAGAGGCACAUUCGGCUUGCUAGAAUGAUCGCAGAGUGGCUUUUCGAACACCCCAAGUACAAUGUCUUGCCAGAGGUGGGAAAUAAGCAAGAACUACUUGAUCGAACUUACGUGGUGGUGCUGUUCAGCGCCAAAGAUGACGAGUUGAACCGCCAACUUGCAGCUAAAAUCAACGAGACUCGCAAGAUAUUUGUCUCGGGCACAUCCUGGCAGGGAAGACCAGCGUGUCGAAUUGCCAUUUCCAAUUGGAGGGCCGAUGACAGCAAUUUUGCUACCGUGAGACAGGUUUUAGAUGGUGUCGCUGGGACAGAAGAGAAUAGAGUCCCUUGAAUUAUAUUGUUGCUUUUUUUUCUUUCCAACCCCCCAUACAUA